AACAUCUUUGAGAGGCGAUGACUGUGGCGGGCAAUCAUGGCCACCGCUAUGUAUCUUGAGCAUUAUCUAGACAGCUUAGAGAGUCUGCCCAUAGAGUUGAACAGAAACUUCACGUUAAUGAGAGAUCUAGACCAACGCGCCCUAGAUGCACUUCGAGAAGUAGAUCGAAUUGCAGACGACUAUCUAGCAAAUGUAAGAGGUAUGGUCCAGGACAAAAAGAAGGAGCAACUGGACAAGAUCAACAAAUUGUUUGGCAAAAGCAAAGAGUUUGGUGAUGAUAAAGUACAGCUUGCUAUGCAGACAUAUGAAAUGGUUGACAAGCACAUUCGUAAGCUUGAUGCAGAUUUGGCACGCUUUGAAGCUGACCUCAAGGAAAAAUCACUGAAUUCCCAGUCUGACUCAGAUGUAGCACCAAAGAAGGGACGUGGAAGAGAAAAAAGUGAAAAGGGAGGUAAAAAGGCAGGAAGAGGAAGAGGAAGAAUGCAGGUAUCUGAUGACGAAACGCCGAAGAUGUCUCGGAAAAAGAUGAAGACGCAACAGCCAAUGCCGGAGUCGCCAAUUGCUGGAGCAUUAGCAGCUUUACCAAUGUCCAUCACCCAUCCUUCAGAUGUGUUAGACAUGCCCGUCGACCCCAACGAGCCUACUUACUGUCUUUGCCACCAGGUGUCGUACGGAGAGAUGAUUGGGUGUGAUAAUCCUGAUUGUCCGAUCGAAUGGUUUCAUUUCGCUUGCGUCGGACUGACUACAAAGCCAAAAGGAAAGUGGUUCUGCCCUCGAUGUACACUAGAACGAAAAAAGAAGAUGUGAUCUUUUUCCAUUUGCUGCACGUCCAGAUAUCUGCCAUGACCAGACUCUGCAUUGGCUUGCUUUCAUACUUGCACAGCUAUUGUUGGAUCCAUUCACUUUUUGGUGCACUUCCUUUCUCUAGGUAAGGAAUUGCUUGAAUUGGUUUGGUGGACGAUGCUCCCUUGUAACCCGCUACAUACCCUAGGUAUUUGUCCCUGGUUUGUUGUAGUUGACAUUAUGUUUCCCAUUGAUUGUCUCGUGUAGAAAUGUUUCUGGCUGCUAUGGCAAACAAUCUGCUGUCACAGAAAAGAAUGCACUUUAUAAAAUAGGUUUAUGAUACUCAAUUUUGUAUGUAUGUAGGUGCAUACCGUAAGGGGCUUCUAAGCCAAUGCUAUCUGAAGUAGAUGGCCUGUAAGAGCAAAGGUGGUUUGUGUAUGUAUGUAAUAGUAAGUAAAUGUAUGGAUAGCAAGAAGAAUCAGUUCACAUUGGUGAGGGCCUGCUUGCCCAUCACCGCAUGAUUUACGGAGAGAACAUUUUUUCAGCACAUUGAACACAGCGUUGCAUAAAGUAACUGACUCGCCACGUGUUUGUGAAUGUGUGAGUGUCUGCUUAUGUAAAUGUAUUGGCACUGUCAUGCUUCAUUUGCCAUCAUCCAGUAGUCGGUUCAUGAUCAGUAUGCUUUCUUACAUUCCAAAGAAAUCCUUGCACCUUUAGCUAUUUAUUUGAAAUGUGUUAAUUUCAACAUUCAAGUUACUAGGCCUAUAUCUUCGAAGGGGUGAUUACUCCCAGUUUCAUUGCACACUGUGCUUGUAUUAUGUCUACAGUUUCCUGGGUUCUUUGGCUAAUUUAGGACAGCAAUGCAAAUAUUCUCUGUAAGUAUUUUGUAAAAUUGAAAUGAUCUACUUAUGAUAUUAAUGCUAUCAGGAGUAGAUAAUAGAGGAUCUAUUAUCUACUUCUGAUGCUAUUAUUAUAUGUUCCAUUCAUAGUGUAUUAAUAAAAGGUAUUUAUUUUAAAUAUGCUAUGAACAUGCAAGACUGCUAAAACUACGUCCCGUAAUAGAAUUGCGUCAUUCCAUAGUGUGUACAAUCAUAGUUUCCCUAUCCAAUUACGAUUUUUUGUAUGCUGCAAAUUAUGUAAAAAGUGUUGUGUUAAUGAGCCAUGUGAAACAUUUUAAUCCGUUUUUUUUUCAAUUACAAUAUGAUGAGUUUUUGGCUUACAAAUAAAAUCUGUAAUUUUACAUUUCUUA